UAGGAAAUAGAUAUCAGUUAAACUAAUCCCAAAAUUGAAUAUUUACUUUUUCUGAUCACGUAGUCCAUUCUGGGGCCAGGAUUGCUUUAGAAUCCUUUUACUAAGAGCAGUUUAGAUUAAAACUGGUUUCUAUGGAGCUCUGCAAAGAAGCAAGAACUAGAAAAGGAAGCAGGAUCAAAGCAAGUAAGAGUUUUAAUAGAAUAAGACCUACCUCUUUGUUGUCCUUGUUGCUUCCUCUCCAGUUUCCCGGUCCAGAAAACCAGCUGCCUCAUCCUCUGACAUUUAGAUGAAGAAUAAAAAAACUUCAGGAACCAACUUGCAAAGCAAUCUUUCUCUAGCAGCCUCCAAGUCUUUUAGGCAAACCUUCCAGGCUUUAGUCUCAGCCCUGAAUGAUUCACUGGGCAACAGGAAGGCCAGAGGGGUUGUAAAGGAAUCCACAUCAGAAACAUAGCAACAUGGAUGGUAGCGAUGGGCACGUUGGGGCCCUGUCGGGGCCAGGCUGGUCGGAAGAAGAGCUGGAGGAACUUCUGUGGCUUUACCGGGCGGAUGACUCAACACCAUGGAAUAUUGCUGUCCUCGUCCUCUCAUGUGCAGUAUUAAUCUUGAAUGUCUUCCUUCUAGGGAGAAGUAUCAUGGCAAACAGAAAACGGAAGAUGAAUUCCCAGGAUGAACAAGAAAUGAAAACCAAAUCCUCUUCUGAGACUGCAAACAAUAAGGAGGACCCUUCGUCACCGAAGGAUGGUAGCAGCUUGAAUGUUCUAAAGGAAACGUUGCUCUCCCAAAACCAAAACCCAGAACAGACAAUGAUUGAAUGGAAAGAAAAAGCCCAUGUAGACAUUGCUCUGGAGUCAUCAGAAUAUGGAGUCUAGUGAGAUUAU